AGCGUUGUUAAACUCGUUUUCUUGAAGCGCUGCGCGCAGCGAACGUCUCAGCGAUUUCACUGGUUCGAGGUUAAAUCUGCAGCGAUCGAACCAGGUGCUUUUUGCGCUUAAACAAAAUGGCAGCCACCACGAUGGAAUUCGUCGAAUUUGUUUACGAGAACUUAAAAAUUGAACUAAAAGUUGAUUCUUCAAUUAAACGUCGUUUAGAAAAUGAUCAUGAUUUCAUUCCUCGGUUUUUUGAAGAACUGAUAUAUGAGAGGGGAAUGAGAGAACAGAUUGGUUUACCGGAAGAUGUUGAUAUUAAUUCAAUAAGACUGGCCAGCAAAUCACACGAGGAGGGAGAAUCAGGAGACUUCUCUUGGACUGAUUCCUCCACGCUGUUGUUGAUAACAACACGAUUAAAUAUGGACGAUGAAUUCAGAAAACACAUAAGAAAAACAAAAUUGUAAAAAUAAGACAUUGUAUUGCAAAAAUGAAUUCCUUUUAAAAUUUUUCGAAUUAAAUAAUUCGCUAAACAUUCCAACAAUUGCACUGAGAGCCGCCAUUUUGGAACUGCAGCGCUGCCCCGUGUGCGUUGUUAAAAGACAUUCAGCAGCGAUCGCAGCGCUCUUGCAUCCUAAGCUGCAGCGCUGCUCCGCGGCGCUGAAUUUAACAACAACC